GCGAUGAGACCGCACUUUCGACUCAUCCAGACGUAUAAUAAUCUGCCUGAAUCACCAGACGCCUCGAAACCAAGCGCAUAUAAGGGAGGUCCUGAUCGCUGGGAGUUAGUUUUGAACGCGCGCGCGACCAUGUUGCGCCUCAUAGUGUUGUGUCUAGCGGUGUGCGCGUACGCAGCGGCGCACAAGGAACGCCACCACCGGAAACCUAGCACAGAGUCACCACCAACUGGCGACCCCAUAACAAUAACGCCGUCGGGCGCCAUCCGCGGAUCAUGGAUGACGACGCGGCGCGGGCGGCACGUGCAAGCCUACCGCGGCAUACCCUACGCGGAGCCGCCCACCGGAGAAUAUAGGUUCCAGCCCCCAAGGCUGAUCACCAGCUACUCUUCGGAGGUGAACGCGACGGCGGAGGGCCCGGGAUGCCCGCAGCCGGUGGCCACCUCAAACUUCUACAUCGACGAGGAUUGUCUUCGGCUCAAUGUCUACACUACUAACAACCAGAGGAAAAACCCCGUUCCGGUACUGGUGUACCUACACUCUGGUGGAUUCUACUCGGGCUCGGGCCGCAGCGACGUGGCCGGGCCGGGCUACCUGCUGGACCGGGAGCUGGUGCUGGUGGCCGUCAACUACCGCCUGGCCUCGCUCGGUUUCAUAAGCACGGGCGACGAGCACGCGCCAGGCAACAAUGGACUCAAAGACCAAGUGGCUGCCCUCAAGUGGGUGCAGGCCAACAUCAGGUCCUUUGGAGGGGACCCAAGCCGUGUCACGCUGGCGGGAUGCAGCGCCGGUGCCUUCAGUGUCAUGCUGCAUAUGCUCUCGCCCAUGUCUAAAGGUCUAUUCCACCGAGGGAUCUCCAUCAGCGGGUCCCCUAUAUCCCAAGCCCCGGAGCGCUACCACCAGCGCGAGUUGGCCGAGCGCCAGGCGCGACUGGUGGGCUGUCCCACCACCAGUUCUAAAGAGAUCAUCGACUGUCUGAAGACCAAGGACUAUAGGGAGAUUGCUGACACGCUGGACGCGUUCUUUGAUUUCGGCUACGACCCGGUGCUGGUGUGGGCGCCCGUCAUCGAGCCCGACGUAGGCCAGGAGCGGUUCCUAGACUCCAGCCCUUUGGAAAUGGUCCAGCAGGGCAAGAUGCAUUCAGUGCCUUACAUCAUCAGCCAGACCACUGGAGAGUUUUUCUGGAAAGCGUUCAAUGUCCUUGCAAAUGAAACGUACACAACUACAAUGGACAAAGAAUGGGACCGAAUUGCUCCCAUCUCGUUUAUACUGCCAAAGGAAAAUGCUGCGGAAAAGGCACAGAAGUUAAGGCAAGAGUUUUUGGGCGGCAGACAGUUAGUGAAUGAUUCGUUCACCGCAGAUGGACUGGGGAAGCUGUAUGGAGACUCGAUCAUUGGGUUCGGAGUUCAUCGCCUGGCGAACCUGAUGUGCAAGCACUCGCCGCAUAGAGUGUACUACUAUGAGUUCGCACACGUCGGCAACAGCAGCCACUACAUCGACCCCGAAACCGGUUGUGCCGUCAAGGCGGCGCACCACGACGAUCUGAUCUAUCUGUUCUCGCUGCCGGCCGCCUUCCCGCUCAUACCGGCGGCCGAUACCAAGGACUCGCACGUCGUCGACAAGAUGACGGCUCUGUACUACAACUUCGCCAGGAAUGGCGACCCGAACCCGUCAGGCAGCAGUUCCGAGCUGGGCAGCCUGCACUGGCCGGCCAUGACGCCCGCCACGCGCCGCUACCUGCGAGUCGGGUCCUCGCUCGAUGUGCGCGAGAACUUGUUCGAACACCGCUUCCGCGUGUGGAACCGCCUGUAUCCUGUAGAGAACUAGUUCAAUGCUGCAGUAUGUUCACCCCAUUUGAUCUAGUAGUCUAGUGAAACCAGUGCCUAUGUUCAACCCUUUUUAAAAAGUUGACUAUACUCUAGUGACUCGAACUUUACUUUAUUUCACCCCAUUCUAUCAUAUUGAGAUUUCUUGCUGAUACAAACUUGCCAGUAUGUUUUCCCCAUUAUAAAGUUUAUUAUCCCUUACUGACCGUUUACUCACCCCAGUCUAUAAAGUUCCGUACUGAUACUAUCCUAUAACAUCUUUUCAACCAAAACAUGUUCACAUGUAAAGGCCUCCCUCAAGGAUUUCCACGGUCAGCAAGGGCUUGAUGCCGAUGCCACAUUUGCGAUUUUCACCACGUCGUCGGUCCAUCGAAUCGGAUUAUGGGAGGCCUACCUACCUAAACUACACCUCCCGACCCCAUCAAUAGGUACUAUUAAAUAAUUAGGGAAGUAAGAAAAUAGUGUGUAAAUGACAGAAAGUGACAUUCAACGGUUAAAAAUGAAAAUUGUUUUUUGUAUGCACUAUUUUUAACAAAAAUCAAAAAAUGUAUUAAGAUUAAUAAGCUGAAUUGCUGUGAUAUGAUUGAUAAGAUUAAAAUUGUAUUUACAUUGUGUAUGAAAUAAAUGUGCAAGUUUA